AUGUCCUACGCAGCCAGCUCCUCCUCUUUCUCUCUCUACGACGACUCUUACAGUGCUUUCAGUCUCUUCGUUCCUGCUCAACACCAACACCCACGAGAGACCCACGAAACAUAUGAACAGCUCUUCCAGCUCUUCCGUCCUUCCACCAACACCAUCCAAAAACAGGAGUCGUUCAUAUCUGUUGCAUGGAAGAAGUUUUGGAAAGCCUUGUGA